AUGGCGCAGACGUCGGGAAUUGAAUCUGCAUGUCCUAAUUGUGGAAUGGCUUUACCGCACAGCAGUUCGCAGAUUGCAGCUGAUGCGCAGAAAGAGAUUGAGGAAUUGCAAGCUCAAGUAAAGUUACUGACGGAAAAAGCGACCGCCGCUGUGGAUAAAUGGGCAGACUACGAAGACGAAAUCCAAUCACUUAAAAGGGCGAACUACCAGCAAAUUACAGAACCUCAGCGCGCAACAACACCAACACAAGGGCACACUGAAGACCGACUUGGAAGCCCGAGUCGUUUCUCAUAUCUGCCUGUCCAGAAUCGACUUUCUUCUCUGCUAUCUCGCAAGUCCACGCCGAAUCUACAGGCUCAGCAACCGCCAACACCGCCAACCCCUUCUACAACAGAGUUAGUAGCUGCCUUGACAAGGGAGCAAGGGUUACGACAGGCUGCGGAGGGCAAAUUAAAUGAAUCCAGUGUCGAACUGGAAGAACUGACGGCACAGCUAUUUACACAAGCCAAUGAAAUGGUUGCUACGGAACGAAAAGCAAGGGCGAAACUCGAAGAGCGAGUUGAAAUUUUGGAACGAAGGGAUGGAGAAAAGAGAAAACGACUGGAAAGGCUUGAAGGCGCAGUUCAAAGGAUUGAAAGAGUCAGGGGUCUUUUGGCACCGGGACGUUGA